GUUCGGCCUCGGUCAACUUACUGCUGUGAGGAGGAAGUGGGAGAAGGUCAUUUGGAACCUGUGGCUGCUACCUGAUGGGAGUAUGGAAGAUAAAACGGAAGUUACAGAAGAACCACAAACUAUUAGCUCAUACAAUGUGUUCUGUUGCACACCUACAAGAAAUCACGAAUCGUUUGCAGUCCAAACGAAGAGCUCACGCUGAAACAAUAUAAUAAAAGUGAAAGUUAAUGAGACGAGUUUCCUUGUUCCGUUUAUUGUGUGUUCACAUGUUGACGGUAAUUGUUGAUGUCGCGGUAAGAUACACUUCAAGGUGAACUUCGCGGACAUUAUACCUAAAGACUCAACCAGUGUCAGUCAUAUUUUUCGUGUUCGCCGUUCCACCUCGGCAUAUCCACUACGGGAUUGCCACCUGUUAAUUGCAGCUGCCGAUAAAUCCUUUAAAUGCGAAAUGUUAUACAACUACACGAUGUUUUAGAGCGAAAUAGAGGGCUGGAGCCUGUAAAUUAUUAUCGCUUGUUUCGCUAAUAUCUGCGCAACAUCUUGGUUGUGCCUAAGUAUGAAGCAUUUGCCUGUCACAACAUAUGGAAUAGUUGAAAUGAAUCCCGGUAGUAUGCCUAUAAAAUACCUAUUUGUAUCAUCUCAUAAAUUGAAUGAAAUCGACUUAUAAUAAGAUCGAUUGGCGGUGGAUGACUUGUAGUCGAACUCUCAAUUGUUCCUCUGCUGGUUGGUUGGAGAAGCUGUAGGCUGGCUGAAUGUGUAGCAGUUCUGCGGUGCAGUGCGGUGUUAAGUGCAACUUGUGUUGUGGUGCUGGAUGGACUUGUCAUUAAGAAACAUGGGGAACUGUUGUCGCUUUUUGUAAUACUGUGUUAUUUACCUCAUGUGAAAUAUAAAUAGUAGUGUUGAAGAAGAACAUAGCACGUAAACAGCCUAAGUGAGAUACAUCUGAGUGGCAUUCUGUUCCCCUAACUCCAUAUUACGAGAGAGCGUUGUCGUAAUAUUUUAUUGACAAGGUUCAUUUUUAGAAAUUUCCAUCUGAUAGCGGCGCAUCAUGCCUAAGAUACGCGCAAAAGUUGCUAACUCUUCGUGGCUUAGACAAAGGGAAUUAGGGCAACGAUUACCCCUGGGACAUUCAGACCAUUUUUCCAAGGGUUUGUAUUCAUCUAUUUUGCCAUGCCAUUCAUGGGACCAUGGAGAAAAUUUGAGAAAUGCCAUGCACGGCGGUGUGUUUAACCUUGAAUUCUCCCCUGAUGGAUCACUUCUUGUGGCAGCCUGUGAAAAAAAGAGUAUAUUAAUGUUUGAUCCUCUGUGUCGUAAAUUGAUUCAUGCUGUUGAUAAUGCGCAUCGUGAUUGUGUCAAUUGUGUUAGGUUUCUAGAUUCAAGGGUCUUUGCUACUUGCAGUGAUGAUAGUACAGUAGCACUAUGGGAUGCCAGAAACUUAAAAUCUCAAAUACGAACUCUACAUGGCCAUUCAAACUGGGUGAAAAAUAUUGAAUUUUCCUCACGUGAUGGUUUACUUGUGACAUCUGGUUUUGAUGGAAGUAUUUACACCUGGGAUAUAAACAGUUACACUGAAAGUGGAUUUGUGUACAAUAGAGUAUUUCAUACUAAUGGUUUGAUGCGGACCAGGCUAAAUCCAGAUGCAUCAAAAAUGAUAAUUUGUACCACAGGAGGCUAUCUAAUGAUUGUCCAUAACUUGGAUUUGAAUACACUUGCCCAAGAUCUCAAUGGAUUUAAGCCCAAUAUGUACCGAUUAAUGCAGCUAAGUCAAACAACAAUUCCAUUGGCAGCAGAUUUUACUCACUUAUUCUCUCAGCAACGUAAAAUUAACAGAGUUGAGUUAAUUACCGAUUUUCCAAAAGGAGAUGAUGCGGAAGUUGUGUCUUCUCUUCAGAUUCAUCCUCAGGGAUGGUGUGCUCUCAGUCGUAACAUUAGUAAUGAUGAAAGUUCAGAGUGGACCUGUGUUCAUGACAUCCAGGAACGUGAAUAUUCUGCUGGAGAGUCUGAUUCUCAUAGCGAAUCAGAGAAUGAACCAUAUGUGGAUUCGUUAUCCCAGUCAAGAGAAAGUAGUGUGCAAGAUAGUGAUAGCGAUAGUGAACCUGAAGUUCCUCGACGAAGACGAAUUCGCUGUGUUCGUACUGCUACUGGCAAUGUUUUAUUUGCAGCUCACACACAUACCAGAACAACUCGUCCUACCGUAGAAGUGAGAAUGGACUCGGCGCCAACGUUAUCAAGAUCUCGGUCUAUGGUCUCCUCAGAGCGCAGUGGUUCUCCUAACACUGGCAGGAUGGGACGAACAGGAAGUGCUGAUGGAAUACCAAUUGAAGCGUAUCGCAGGGGGGCAGUCGGGGAUGUGGGUCGUGUUGCUAUUUCUUCAGCUAACGUUGAACUUCAUGUAUCGUCAGCUGAUGUGUGGGAAGCCCUUAUGGCUAUACGGGAAGCAAGAAUUCGUCGAGAACGUGAACGGGAACUUGCUGAGAGAGCAGAGCAGGAAAGAGAUCGAGCAGGGAGAGCAGAAAGAGAGAGACCUAGGAAUGUCAAUGUGAGAAUUCGAAUGCAUUCUAGUAGUUUGGGCAGCACUGAGAGUGAACGAAGAAAUUCAGAUGAAAGCAGGAGUGCUAACAGCAGCAAUAGCAGUAACAACAGUAACAAUAACAACAGUUCAAGUGGUUCAGAAGAAUGGAUGCAAGGUCGUGUUCGAAUUUUAGUGAGGAGAAAUCCGGACAGUAACGUUCCUUCCAGUGAAGGUUCCAACAGAGCAGAUGGCAAUUCACAUGGUUCUGGUCAAGGGAAUUCGGAGAGAGUAAAUACUCGCUCUCAACGUAUUUCGUCACCUCCGCCUGGAGCAGCAAGUAACAGUACCUCUAAUCAGGACCGCAUGGAAAUGGGAUUCAUGGGUUUCAAUGUUCCUAGUAGUUCAUCUUCAGGGACUACUCAUUCCGCUCAUCAUAACUCAACUGACCAGGGGAGUAAUACAGGUGGUGCACCUACGGUAUUCAUUCGAUCUCGUAAUUCACCUGCUAACACAAUUCUUAUAGUCGAUAAUAGAAUGCCUAGAACUGCUUCUGCUGCAGUGAUUGCUCCCUUAAGUGGAGGUUCAGAACCAUCAACAGUUUUUCGUCGUUCUGAUUUCUCAGAUUUUCCGAAAUUGAAUCGUCGAAUCCAUCAGAAUAUUCCAAGAUUAACUCACUACAUUGAGGAACCAAAUGUGGGUAAAGGGUUUAUUAAGGAAUUAUGUUUUUCUGCUGAUGGACGGUUAAUUUGUUCUCCUUUUGGUUAUGGUGUUAGGCUACUUGCGUUUUCUCCUGAAUGUUCUGAACUGUCAAUUUGUUGCCCAGACAAAGCACCUGUUCCAUUAUAUGAAUUGGCAACAAAUGUUUGUCAUAGCGAUAUUGUAGUUAGCACAAAGUUUUCUCCACAGCAUUGUUUAUUAGUAUCUGGGUGUUUAAGUGGAAAGAUAGUUUGGCACCAACCUGUUGUGUGAUUAAUAAUAUGGGAUCUGAAGGUUUUACAUGUCUUGGACAUGUAUGGAUUGCAUUUGUUUGAAACAGGAUAAUUUUGAAAGAGAAAAAAAAUGAAUAUUUUUUUAAUGUUGAUUUGCUGUACUUAAUUCAAAUAGAAAAGCCUCUGACGUAUCUUGUAUCUGCUUGUAUUUUUUUUAUACAGUAUUUCAAUGAGUCUAUAUUUUGAUUACAAGCUAUUAUUUCCAGAAUCAUGUGAUUAUUGUAUUGUUAAGUCAGAAGUUUGUUUUGAAUUGAAGUACUUAUGAUGAGUUUGUCUCCUGCUUAUUUUUAUUAUGAAUGUGAACACAUUGAAUGUGUAGUAUGUCUUUUUGAAGAAUUGUUGCAAUCAGUGUGUAUUACCAAAUGUGUCCUAUUUGUUUCCUUAUACUGGUCAUAUUUUAAACACUUUAGUGUGUAAAUCAGAGAGACUUGUUUUGUAUCUUGAAAUUGUUUUCUUCAUUAUGUCGGGCCGGUUUCCUUGUGUAAAUAGUAGUUGCCCAUGUGUGAAUUAUUACUUAGUAUAGCUUUUUAUAUACAAGAAUUUUGCUUGCUAUUAAAUAUUUUUCUUGAAGUGUGCUUUUGUGAAACUAUUUUUGGUGGGGAGCCUAAAAAGUGAGAUACUUAUGCUCAAAGUUUAGUUAAUUCUGAAACUUUUAUUUUUAUCUGCAAGAAGCCUUUCUUCUGUAAGAUUGUCAGAGAGAAGGAAAUUUAAGGCUUGAAGUGUUAUACAUCACUUAAAUGUUCUUCUAUAAUCUUUGGGCUGGACAAAACAGACAAAUUGUAUUUUAUUAGAUGAUAAUGAAGUUGGUAACUGUUCCAAAAUCUUAAUGUAUAUCUAUUCAAUUAUGAUAUAAGAAUGAUCUAUGCCAUAUUCUUGUUUGUAUAGCUUACAAUAUUUCAUUGUGAUGUUAAUAAGACUGUUUCGUUCAACGUUCAACCAGGAAAAUGUUUGACUGUUGACAUUGGCAUCUUUGUUAAUGGUAAUAAGACUUUGUUACUUGGUAACAUGGUAAGUACAAGAGGAAACCUUUUUCAUUAUUAAUGUUGAAUAGGUGCAUAGACUAGCAAUGAUAUGAGAGGACAAAUGGUAUGAAUGUGUUAUUCACUUGUGUAUAUUUAUUGAGUGGUAUAGGCUUGUAAAUGUGUGGUAAUGCCAAUGAAUAUGUAGACUUCUCAAAAGUCCAUAAAUUAAAAUAAAAAAAGCUAUGAUGUAAGGCUGCUUUUUCUUCUUUUUUCUAUUGUGUAUUUACAUUUUAG